UGGCUUCUUACUGUGGAACUACUAAUUACAGCUGACGUUGGAACUGCACACAAAGAAGCCAAAUCUAUAGCGCUGAUUUCGAGCGCUGGCAGAAUGCUGAGGAAUGCCUUGUAAGCGAAGGGGGCGUAUCCAUCCAUAAUGUUUGCGAAAUGCUGACUGGAAGAAGAAGCCCUGAGGCUUUGUUCAGCCCGUAUUCCUUAUGUUUUCUUACACGCCUUCAAUGGUCUGUCUCUACUUCUUGACGUGAGAAAGUAGUUGGAAGGAUUCGCAUUCCAUAUGGAAUGUCACCAGCCUACUGUUAGUGUUGUGUAUAGUGUUGGCUAUGGGGAAAUAAAUAGAGCGGGGAGUGACGCUUCGCAUGAGGAACUAAUGCCACACAGACUGGUGCAGGGGCCAGCCAGCAAGGCUAAGCUCUCAGUCGUGAAUUAUCAUCAUGUCGCUGUACUUGCUGUACGGACGGUUUCAUACCAGCCGUACAGUAAGCAGGUAUGUGGAGACGCGGUGAAACCAGGGGGUUGCAGCAGCAGUCAGCGGUGUAUCGGCGCAAUGUGUGGUCGAAUUUCUUCCUGGAGAAUCGCAGAGACAAGCAGCUGGGGGGGCAGGAGAUCAACUCGACCAGAAAGACAGAGGAAUAUGUACAAACAGUUUGAAGAUGAUGAUGAUGAUGAUGAUGAUGACGGCGGCGGUGCAGAUUUGGGGGUGAUGAGGAAGUUGAAGUGUUGGAAUAGUAGUCGAAAAUAGCGACAAGGGGGGCCUGGGGGCAGCCAAGUCCGCUUUGUGCCAGGAAAAAUGGGCAAAAAAGCCCCCGAAGCCGGCUGGGGUUGGUGCCUUGUGCUGCCUCUUUUUUUCUCCACCGCCGCCUCCACUGGGUCGAGUGCCUUAAUUAGUCCCUUGCUGGUAUGUAUG